UACACUUUUUAUUUGUGUUGGCGUCAAGGUUUAUAACCAGCGCGAGCCAAUGUAAGUUUAAACAAUGUUUGGGCCAAGUACCCAUCAGGCCCAUUAGUUGAUCUUUUAGUCGGUUCUUCGACUUUCCAGAAUUCUCAAGUUCUUUGCUUUUUUUAAAUCUUAAAUCAAUCUCGCUAAUUCAGUUUUUCUUCCGAUCUAAGUUCACGCCGGAGACCGAGAAACCCUUCCCUCUCUCUCGCGUAGGUAUCCAAGAGAAGAAGGAGAUAUGGGGAUAGUAAGGAGAAGCUUCUCUUUCCUAACGGGAACAGCGUGCGGGAUCUACAUCGCUCAGAACUACAAGGUUCCUAACAUCAACAAGCUUGCCCACUGCGCCGUCUCAAUCGCCAAGGAACUUGAAAAGAGAUAUCGCAAACCCGAAAGUAGUGACGACGUUUGACAUAUUCCACACCCAUCUUGCUUCAGUUUCAGCUGAUUUGAUCAUCGGUUUACUUGCAUGUAAAGAUCCUUCUUUUAUUAUUUGGUUUUAAAGUUAUUGAUUCUUAAAUU